AUGGAGUGAGAGUACGAGUGCGAGUCAACACUCAAGAGUUUGUUCUCUUUGAUUAAACCAAUAACUGCUUAUCUGUAUUCCUUUCAGGGGCUCAAAUCCCUCAACCCGAGAUUCUGCAAUCAAAUUCUUGAAACAAAGAACAAACCAAUUACUGGAAUCAACAAAACCAAUCCUUUCAAUGUGAUGUGGGUACUUAAUUCUCCCCACUUCAUCCAAACCCCAAUUUCUUCCUUACCCAUAAAGCACAAAACUUUCAUUUCUUCCCAACAAUCAAGCGAUUCAAUCACCACUUCAAUUACUGCAAAAUCCACCAAUAAAAACCCAGUAAUUCAAUCAUUAUGCAAGAAAGGCAACCUAAAACAAGCCCUUCAACUUCUUUCUUCAGAAUCCAGUCCAACCCAACAAACUUAUGAGCUCUUAAUUCAUUCUUGUGCAUUUGAAAAAUCAUUUCGCGAUGCUUUGGUUGUUCAUCGUCACCUAAUUGAAAAUGAGUUUGACCAUGAUCCCUUUUUAGCAACAAAAUUGAUUGAUAUGUAUUCGGAAUUGGAGUGUAUAGAAUAUGCACGCCAAGUGUUUGAUAAAAUUUCUAGGAGAACUAUAUAUGUUUGGAAUGCUAUUCUGCGUGCUCUUACAUUGGCAGGUUAUGGGGUUGAGGCAUUGGGUAUUUAUAGGGAGAUGAAUAGAAUAGGAGUGCCUUGUGAUAGGUUUACUCAUACUUAUGCACUUAAGGCUUGUGUCGUGUCGGAAUCAAUGACUUUGUUGUUAAGGAAAGGGAAGGAGAUUCAUGGUCGGAUUUUGCGUCAUGGAUAUGAAAGUCAUGUUCAUAUUAUGACUACCUUGUUGGAUAUGUAUGCAAAGUUUGGGAAUGUGAUGUAUGCGAGUUAUGUUUUUGAUGGAAUGCCGGAUAAAAAUGUUGUUUCAUGGAGUGCUAUGAUUGCUUGUUAUUCUAAAAAUGAGAGGCCCUAUGAGGCGUUGAAUCUUUUUUAUGCAAUGGUGAAUGAGAUUAUUGAUUUCUCGCCUAACUCAGUGACAAUGGUGAAUGUGCUUCAAGCAUGUGCUGCUGUUGUAGGUUUAGAACAAGGGAAGUUGAUGCAUUGUUACAUAUUAAGAAGAAACUUAGAUUCAAUGCUUCCCGUUACUAGUGCCUUGAUGACUAUGUAUGCAAGGUGUGGGAAACUUGAGGCGGCACAGAAGGUUUUUGAUCAGAUGGAUAGGAGGGAUGUUGUUUCUUGGAAUACAUUGAUUUCUAGUUAUGCAAUUCAUGGAUUUGGCAUGAAGGCUGUUCAAAUUUUUGAUGAAAUGAUUAGGAGGGGAAUCAAACCUACCCCCAUCACUUUUGUGAGUGUAUUAGGAGCUUGUAGUCAUGCAGGGCUUGCUGAAAUGGGGAAAAGGUUGUUUGUUUCAAUGACUGAGCGACAUGGGAUUCGUCCUAGUGUGGAGCACUAUGCAAGCCUAGUGGAUGUGCUAGGCCGUGCCAAUCGUUUAAAAGAAGCAGCUAAAGUUAUAGAAGACAUGAAGGUUGAGCCAGGACCAAAAGUUUGGGGUUCUCUCCUGGGCUCAUGUAGGAUUCAUUGUAAUGUCGAAUUUGCAGAGAGAGCAAGCAACCGACUUUUUGAACUUGAACCUACCAAUGCAGGAAAUUAUGUACUGUUAGCUGAUAUUUAUGCGAAAGCUGGGAUGUGGGAUGAGGUGAAGAACGUGAGGAAGCUUCUAGAAGCUCAAGGCCUACAGAAGGUUUCUGGCCGAAGUUGGAUUGAGGUGAGAAGGAAGAUAUACUCAUUUAUGUCAGUCGAUGAGCUUAAUCCCCAUAUAGAGCAAAUUCACGCUUUGUUGGCUGAGCUUUCGGAGGAGAUGAAGCAGCAAGGAUACAUUCCUCAGACCAAACUUGUUCUGUAUGACCUUGAUGAAAAGGAGAAGGAACGGAUUCUCUUAGGACACAGCGAAAAGCUUGCAGUUGGCUUUGGACUCAUUAAUACCAGCAAGGGUCAAACUAUAAGGAUCACCAAAAACUUAAGGUUAUGUGAAGAUUGCCAUACUAUGACCAAGUUCAUCUCCAAAUUUAUUGGAAGGGAGAUUAUGGUUCGGGAUGUUAAUCGCGUUCACCAUUUUUAUAAUGGUAUGUGUUCAUGUGGAGAUUACUGGUAGUGCAGUGGUUAUUUUCUUAUAGAAUUAUACCUUAACACCAUGAACACUUGUUAGCUGAACCAAGAAAGAUUUUAUAUGUUGUACAGUAGCACAUGAUCAAACAAACAUAGAUUUACUUUAUCUUCAUUUACAAUUAACCAAAAUACAUUGUUAUUCACAUAAUCACAGUUUACUUGA